GUAAAAGUACUAUCAGCUGUUUUCUUAAUAGUAUAUAUAUGUUUAUUCGUUAGAAAGCUUAUAUCAUCUAUUAAGUGAUGAUAGUGUGUAUUUAAACAAAAUAAAUAAAAAUGUUAUCUGUGCCCAUAGACUGCAUUAUAUAGGUACUUAAUAUCUUUUUAUGUGCUAUUUCAUAUUUCUUUUCAUUAAAAGAUCUAAUAAGAAUAAUAUAGUACUUGACAGACUACGUCAAAACGAUUGUUUAUUGCGUUAAUAAAUUUAUUAUUUACUUACUAACUCUAUUAUGACUCUAUAAAUGCCGAAUAUCCAUAUAAAAUAAUAAAUAAAAGUCCAUUAAUCUUAUUUAUCGGUUUAAUAUCCGCUUGCAAGUUCUAUUUAUUUUAUGAAAUGAGUAUAUUCGCACUGUUGUAUAUCAAUUUAAAAGGAUGCCUUCAUAUAUUUUGUCGGCCCAUACAUAAGAUAAUAAGUGAAAUUCGUGAUAAACAAUGCAUAAGACAUACUUUGAGUUUCAUAGGUGGAUUCAUGUUAGCUCAGUUUUAUUAUCUGUACAUGCUGAAAAGGAUUCCUCUACCCUAUUAUUUUGAGAUUUGUUUGUCCUUAUUAAUAAGCGUUUUGUUGGGAAUAGGUAAUACGAUUUCGACACAACUACGAUGCAUAUCUCUGCUUACUUUUCCAAUGUACUGCGGAAAGCCCGGACGUGGAGUAUUAAAAGCUAUUGUCCUCACUUAUGUGGUUGCUGGACCAAUAACUAAUAUGGGAUUGAACGCGAAAGAAGUGGUACGAGUAUUUGCGUGUUCUACACAGCUUUCAUACAAUUUGUCUAGAACGAAACACGCUCUCAUAUCCAAACCGUUACGGAACGCUAUGAUUGAUUUGCAAAGCGAUAUAAACCAAAUGAAGGAUGCAAUAAGGUCCGUUAAAAAUGUAAUAGAUCCAAUUGAAACUGAAAUCGAAGGCACCAAUGAACUCUCCAAAAGUCGUGAACAAAAUGAUAUGGUUGAUGAUUUCUUUAGAUAUAAGCGUCGUUCUGAACAUAUUGAUAAUAAGUAUCUAUAUAUGAAAAACGAGCAAGAUUCGGAAAUAUACCUAAAAGAUUAUCUCAAAAAGCUGGAAUACCGAUGUGAAAAUCAAAUUUCACGAGCAGCUGCUGUAUGUUCUAAUGCCUUUGUGACUGUACACAACAUGUGUUACGAAUCCGCCCCGCCGUAUGCUGCGUGGUCUCUAUGCUGGCCGAUGAAGCUUCAAUAUAUUUGUAACAUCAAAAGUAUUCUACAAGAAUUUGAUAUUUGUAAUAGUAGGAAACAGAUUGAUCCUGGACUAGGAGAAGGUUAUGUAUAUUUAAAAAAAUCUAAAAAAGUAUUGACAGAUUUAAAGGAAAUCAAUUUGCAAUAUAAAAUGCCAAAUUUUCAGGAGUUGUUCGAUAUACAGGAUGCCGCAGAAACUGGAGAACAAGUCAUGCAUGCUUUCGAGGAAAAAAACAUAGUAAUGCGGACCGCGAUCGUUAUAGUUAAUAUAUGCAUGGCACUUUUAUUUCUUCGAAUCUACAUGGCUGCUGUGACGUAUCACGAUAUGUACUUGACCGAAGUAGAAUACGAUAACAUUUAUAUCACUAGUUACUUCAAAACCAUCGAUGCAAGGCGAAGAAAGAAGAAGCAAUGCACGCUAUUGCCUUUGAAGAAGAUGGAAAGGUAUAAAUAUGUAGAUGUUCACUCAUUCUCAUACGUACCGACUGAACGGCACAUUCUUAUUACUCACAUUCUAAAGGUGAUGUUGGAAGUAAUCACAGCCACCACAUUUGUGAUGCUGGAUAGACUUUUCUACGAAGCAUUGGACGUGGUAAGACAACACGCCGAAAUAGAAACCAACUUGCAAGGGACACGUGAUUUGGAAAUAAAGGUGGAAGGUACAGGUACAUUGGCGUCAAUGGUACAGAAGAUACUUGAUAAUUUGAACGAAAGAAGUCCCACUCAGUAUUCUAUCAACACCAGUCAGUGUCUACCGCGACCACGGCUCAUGCCGGCUUCAUAUUUUAUCAAGAUAUAUGGUGGAUACCUGUGGAUUAUUAUACUGCUGUAUUUGAAUCCAUAUACGGUUCGAUUGAGGAGGCUAAUUUGUAGCUACUUUUACCCGAGACGUGAGAAGCAACGCAUAUUGCAUCUCUACAAUGACAUUCUAAAGAAUCGCCUGAAGAUGCAAAAAACUUUACGAAGAAAAGCGGUGCAGGCAGUCCGUGCGCAUUAUCUAUCAGGAGAGAAUUUGUUAAGUAUGAGAAUGAAGUUUCCCCGGCUUUUGGGUUGGCUGAGUGUAUUACCAGCGGCCAGAAUGACCUGCCUCAUUUGCGGGGAAACCGAACCUCGGAAUAAUACAGGGAAUCAUCAAGGCGAGUUAUGGCACUCGUGUAUAGUACCGAAGUGUCCAUUUGUUUAUUGUGUGGAGUGUUGGCGAGAAGUAGGAGCUCGAUGCCUCGCUUGUGACCCGAGCUUGGCAGAACUCAGCGACAUCGAUUCUUUGAGCGAGGAAGAAAUGCCAAGAUUUUAAAAUUUAAAUGUAGUAAUGAGUAUACGGCCCAUAUUGUGGUAAACGUUACCAUAGCCUAUGGAACGAAAUGAACGCCUGAAACAUCAGGAGGAUCAUGUGCGCGUUGCCGACCCUUAAAAAAUUUCAAUAUCCUUUCCGCUGGUAGGUUGCUUUUUUUUAAUGGUUUAUAAUGGAAAGGUGCACUCGCCUGCACUAACGGUAUACGUUGGCGGGACAUCAGUGGAGGACGAUACAACGGGAAUAAGGUCAGGUCAGUUAGCCCAUCAUGGUGAAAUUACCAGGAAUUAACUACGAUGGUUUCCAGGGGGAAUCGCGUGAUCGACCUGAGAUGGUACAUUGCAAGAAGUGGGGUCACUAGUCCCCAUAACAGACAACCCUUCCUGUCAAACAACUUACCUUUUAAGCUGAGUUUGUUUUAGUUUUAAGGUCUAAGUAUGGUAUGGCAAGGUACGGAUGCCCGACAUACUCAGGAAUAGUAACACAUUAUACGUGAUGCUGUUUAUAUGUAGGAGACGGUGCUAUCAAGGGCACGCUGACCACCAGAAUCUCCUGUGUACAAAACCUCUUCGAAACGCCUCUUUUUUAUCGUCAACUAGUGUGAAGUUUAUAACCAAAGGAGUUAAUUUAUCUUAGAAGACCUGUACCUACUUGUUGUUGACUUACAGUUGAGUCACUCGACUAUAACGAAUAUUUGUUGUUAUGUACCAAAAAUUACGUUAAUAAUUGGCGCUGCCAUUUCAUCUGGCGUCCCUAUUGCCUUGGCGCCUAUGUGGGCCGCACUUCGCACAAAGGGGCGGCACGACUCUGCCUAUCCGCCAUUACGGAAAUGAAACUAACUGCCAUUCCUCUUAAAAAAAAACUAAA